CAAAAUGAUGCAUGAUUAAUAAGAUAUAUUUUUCUACUUAUACGACCAGACUAAUGCGUGGCGCCUCGAGACGACAUUCAGGCACUCAGUUACAAUCACAUCCUCUCAUCCAUUUCCGACGUGGGGAGGAGAGGCAGUUCAAACAAUAAACACAUCGUAGCCUAAAUCGAUAACAAAAAAAUCUUAUCCAAUCGUAAAAUAUUGAAGCCAUCGUUCAUUUCCGUGAAGCCAAUCCCCGUCUGUCUCUAUGGUGUUUUAUUUUUCAACAAGCUGACGAAAGCUCGGGUUUUUCCGUGUAGUAGCAAUAAGAGCCGAGAGUCUUACACGCGCGAGGCAUAGACAUCAAGCGGUUUGGGUAACUCUGUACAAUUGUUUUCUCUUACUGAACAAGGAGAUAGGUAUUUUGACAAUGUUAUCAGCUAAUGAGCUCGUGUCUGUUGGGACAUUUCAAGUGCUUAAAUUACCUCUUGGAUUUAUCCGUGUUUUGGAAUGGCUUUUUUCAAUUUUUGCAUUUGCGACAUGUGGAGGCUACAGUGGACAGCUGUGGGUUAGUGUGGACUGCCAGCUUGACAAGGCCAGCAGCAACCUCAGUAUUGGCAUCGAUUUUGCCUACCCUUUUAGGUUGCACCAGGUGUCCUUCGAGGCUCCGCUGUGUGAGGGGAGGAGGAGGGAGAGGCUCUUUCUCAUCGGGGACUACACUUCCUCGGCUGAGUUCUUUGUCACCAUCGCUGUGUUCGCCUUCCUCUACUCCUUCAUGGCCACCAUAGUCUACAUCUUCUUCCAGAACAAGUACCGCGAAAAUAACCGAGGCCCUCUGAUCGACUUUAUAGUGACCGUGGUGUUCUCCUUCAUGUGGCUGGUCAGUUCUUCAGCCUGGGCUAAAGCCCUGUCGGACAUCAAGGUGGCCACAGACCCAGAUGAGGUGCAGGAGCUCAUGUCUGCCUGUAAGGUCAUGACCAACAAGUGUGGCUCAGUGCAAGGACCCCGCUGGUCAGGCCUCAAUACCUCUGUGGUGUUUGGCUUCCUAAACUUCGUCCUGUGGGCAGGAAACAUCUGGUUUGUCUUCAAGGAGACUGGUUGGCAUAAAGGAGGACCAGCUCGGUACGCUGGAGCGCCUCCCGAAAAACAGGCUGAGACAAUCAACCAGCAGCAGCCCUACAACCAGGGCAGUUUUGACCAGUCAGGAGGCUACAGCGCCCAGGGAGACCAGGAGCAGGUAUCAGAAUACAGUCCUGUGGGCGGGCCCACCUCCUACUCCAAUCAGAUGUAGCUUUGCAGUCUGAUUGUCACACUGAAGGUGGGGGGGGACAUGCAGUUCUUAGGUAGAAAUAUUCUGGUGCCAGAAAAAGUAAGUUGUCGAUUGGUACAGUUAAACAGAAGUAUUUUGGAGUAUUGUACAUAAAACUAGAUUUUGGUUACGUUUUUAGAUGUGUUGUCCUGAAUGUUGUAUUGCCUGUGUGUUGAGUCUGUUGAUAGUUUCUCAUUUUCUGUGCUAGGUGCUAUGCCACAGAACCUUUUAACUGGAUGUCUUUUUCAUUGUGGAAGAAAAAUGUGGUAUACAAUUGUAUAAUUCUUGAAGUUUCCUACAUAGUGUUGACAAAGUGCAUGCAGUUGUGCUAUGUGUUACUAUGCCUGUUUGUGCACAUUGUAUUUACGAAACCAGCAGGAUUUCAUCUCAGAGUUACAGUAAGGUAUCAGCAGUAGUUUUACCUCACAAACGCAACAUUUAAAGUGUUGUUCUAAUUUUUCAUGAGCAGAAAUAAAAUAUCCCAAUAAUUUUCCAUAUGCACAAAAAGCUUAUUUCUCUUACAAUUUUCUGCACAAAUUUGUUUACAUCCCUGUUAGUGAGCAUUUCUCCUUUGUCAAGGUAAUCCUGCAUGCAGGGUUUAUGUUCAGUGUAGUUACCGUUUCAUUACACAAGAUGCCCUUGCUCUAAAGGGGCUUUAUGUGUUGGUUUGUGGGAAGUUUCUGAUGUUAGUGUUAACAAUUGUAAAUGGGAAAAGUGUUUCUACCCGCUCUGUUUACAAAUGGUCGCUCAUGAUUCAAAUGAAAGGACUAGUUUUUUAAGCUGCUGUCAGACUACUGUGAAAUGAAGAAUCAUUUCAUACACCUCCGAGAGCGAGCUGGCUGAGUCCAUUUAAGCACAAGGCCCCAGUGAAAAUGGCCCAGAAGAACCUAGUUGCAAUUAGAACAGUCAGCUCGGCCAAGCUGGUCUGUAUAACCAUUAGUGAACCCCUUCCAUUUUCUCUGUCAUGUUUUCUCUGUCUUGAAUUCUAUAAACAAAUUAAUUCAGGUUUCUAUGACUUUCAAAAGUUUGUGCAAUUAAUAAAAAUAGGCUAAAUUAGAGAAUGUCUGAUAAUAUUGAUGAUGAUGAUGACGAUGAUGAUGAUGAUGAUAAUUAAUUAACCCUGUGUCUUGAGCUCCAAAGCAUGUGGCUUGCAUUAACCUGGUAACAAAAAAAUAUGAAAAAAAUUCAAAUAAUUAAACGUCCAUGUAUGUACUUCCCUUCUGUCCGUGUAACAUUAGAAUGUGAACAAUCUGAAAACCACUUACCAGCAUUAUUAUUCUGUUCAAGAUUACUGAGUGUGGAUGAUAUACAAGCAAUUUGAAUAAUCCUAAUAAAGAUGUUACACAAAAAACAAAAA